GUCGGAGCAGAGAAAAUGCUACGUACAUGUGGGAGGACUGUGGGUGGUUCCCAGAUGCUGCAAUUAUGGUACCUGUACGAAGGUCUCUUAUUAAGAUGGAUGAGAAACGCCAACGGUUCGAGAUGCAUGAUCAAUUACGAGACAUGGGGAGGGCCAUAGUUGAGGAAGAAUGCUCUCGAAAGCUUCAGAAGCAGAGUCGACUAUGGAAUCAUCAAGACUCCUUAGAUUUACUACAAAGAAAGGUACCAGGGACUAUUGAUGCAGAAGGGGUUCGGAUCUCUGGGAAAGAUUGUGUUAGCGCGGAAUGCUUUGAAAACAUGCCCAGCCUGAGAUAUCUUUAUGCUGCGGAUGUCAACUUCCAAGGUGUGUUCCUGUGUUUUCCUACAGACCUGAAAUGGUUGCUAUUGAGCUGUUGCCACUUUGACUCGCCGCCAUCUGAUUUUAACCUCGAGAAGGUUGUCAUCCUUGACCUCUAUAAAACCAACAUGGCCCAAAUUCUUAUAAACCAACUGCCACUGAGAGUAAAGGCCUUUGAAAGAUUGAAAGUUCUGUCAAUUAAUGGAGCGGAAAUAAAGAGCGAUUGGGAGACAUGGGAUCACUUAGACAGCUUGAUCUUAGUAGGACAAGUAUAGCCAGGAUACCUGAUUCAAUAGGUCAACUUAUAAAUUUGCUUUGACUUCUUUACCAGAGCGGUUGGGAGAUAUGGCAUCACUCAAUAAACUCGACAUUAGAGAAAUACGGAUAAUCGAGAUACCCGAUUCAAUAGGACAACUUACAAGCUUGAGUGAGCUACUUAUGGGCAAUUAUAAACUAUCAAGGUUACCUGAUUGCAUUUUCCGGUUAAGUUCUCUUGAAAUGCUUGAUUUGAGUUGGGGCACUGCCCUUUGUUCUAUACCGGAAGGCUUAGGAGACAUGGAGCUAUUAAAGAAGCUUGACCUUUCUGGGACAUGCAUUGAGGUCAUACCUGAUUCUAUUGGACAACUUAUUAACCUCCGUCUGCUAUCUUUGAGGAACUCAGAAUGCUUGAGAGAGAUACCCAAUUCCAUUUGCCAACUAAAGUUGUUGAAAUCCCUCAACCUUAGAGGAUGUUUUUCUCUCUGCUCUUUGCCAGAAAGAUUAGGGGACAUGGAGAAACUGGAGGAGCUUAUUCUAGACAGUACAAGAAUAGAGGCCAUACCCAAUUCAGUUGGACGACUUGACAACCUUCGUCUGCUAUCUUUAGAAGGUUGCAAACUCAUAAAAUCAUUACCUGGUUCCAUAAGACAAUUGACAUCCAUACGACUGUUGAAAAUGUCUGCA